ACAUUUAAACGUAAAUGUGAACAUCUCAUAUGUAUGACGUGAUAGUUAGGUAUCCUUUCCCAAUGUUCAACUAUCAUAAGUUACCUACUUUUAUAAACCUGUGUAUGUACAAAAGUGACAAAACUCGUGGCUAGUUGUUGUCAUUUUUUAUACUAUCCAUUAACUAACCUAAUUCAUAAAGAAUCUUAAUUUAAUUAAAAAUCUUCUAGUCAAACGUCAAAUAAGUUUUUUACAUAACAUUUUAUCGAACUCGACCAAACACACAUUAUAUGUUUUCUAGAAUCUUCAAAGUGUUUAACUCAAACAUAAAUAAAAUGGAACCAUUACAUUACCUAAACAUUCCAUCAGAAAAAGCAACCUUUUCUAUGGGUUGUUUUUGGGCUCCUGACAGUCUUUUUGGCUCUACUCCAGGAAUUAUUACUACACGAGUUGGUUAUGCAGGUGGAUCUGAAGGUUUUAUUCCUACUUAUAGAAACAUUGGCGAUUAUACAGAAGCUAUUCAAUUGCAAUAUGACCCAAAUACCGUCUCUUAUUUAGAGUUAUUGAAAAUGUUUUGGGAUCAUCAUGAUCCUACUGCAAAGUUUAAAAAACAAUAUUCGUCGUUCAUAUAUUAUCAUAAUGAUCAGCAAAAAGCAGAAGCCGAAAUGACUCUAAAUGAAAAGAAAUCUAAGGGUCUUGAUGUCCUUACCAAAAUAGAACCUGCUGGUCAAUUUUUCAACGCUGAAGAUUACCAUCAAAAAUACCGAUUGCAACAACACAAAAACCUGUGUAAUGACCUUGGUCUUAAGACCGGAGAAGAUCUGAUAAAUUCUCAUGUAGCUGCUAGAUUAAAUGGUUAUGUUGUUGGUCAAGGAGGAAUUGAUCAAUUUGAUUCAGAAGUUUCAAAAUUAAGAUUAGAUGAAGCAGCGAUUAAAUACAUAAGACAAUUAGUGAUUAAAUAUGAAGGUCAAGGACUACAUUGCUGAUUAAAAUUAUUUUAUUUUUGUAUUUUAUAUUUACUGUGUGAUGUAUUAGAGUAUAUAACUACAUUGUUUGCACUUUUAGCAUAUUGAAAUUGUGUAGAACAAUGGAAAAUUAAUUAUUUUCUAACAAACCAAUAAAUUAAGUAUUAUAUACUAUUAUAUAUUAUAAUAUACAUGUAUGAUGAAUUGGUA